AUGAUCGCGAGGACCACCCUGCGCGGCAUGUUCAAGCACCGCUUGAAGGAGGCCAUCAAGCAGGCCGAGGACGAAGGCGGUAAAUUGAUCCUCUUCAUCGACGAGAUGCACAUGCUCAUUGGCGCAGGCGAUCGAAGCGGCACCGCGGACACCGCCAACAUCCUCAAGCCGGCGUUGGCCCGUGGUCGCUUCCGCUGCAUUGGUGCUACCACCUCUCAGGAGUAUUACAGGUACAUUGAGCAGGAUGUGGCGUUCGAGCGGCGGUUCCAAAAGGUUGAAAUCGGGGAGCCGAGCAUGCAAACGACCAUUGCCAUCCUGCGGGGGCUGAAGCAGAAGUACCAAGAGCACCAUGGCGUGGAAAUCGACGACGAGGCUCUUGUUGCCGCUGUAGAGCUUGCUGCCCGUUAUAUUACCGGUCGCAUAUUUCCUGAUAAAGCAAUUGAUCUCAUGGACGAGGCGUGCACUGCGGUAAAGUUGCGUGUAAGCAAACAAAAAGAAAUAAAUGCACCGGGGGAGAUACUGAUUGUGAGCCGGUGGACUGGAAUUCCUAUCACUACACUUGAUCAAGAGGAGGAAAAACUGACUCGUCUAAUAGAUAGACUUCAUGAGCGAGUAGUUGGACAGAAUGAAGCAGUUAGUUUGGUUGCACAAGCAGUGCUACGUUCUAGGGUCGGCAUUGAUAAAGCAGGUCAACCGAUAUGUUCUUUCCCCUUUUUGGGCUCGAUUGGUGUUGGAAAGACAGAACUUGCUAAAGCUCUUGCCGAGAAGCUAUUUAGUAAUGAGAAAAUGUUAGUUCAUGUUGACAUGUCUGAAUAUGCUGAGAGUGGAUCUUUGUCGCGUCUCAUUGGAGGACCUCGACGCUAUGAAGAAGAGGGACAACUCACUGAGAUUGUCAGGCGCCGGCCAUAUAGUGUUAUCCUUUUUGACGAGGUGGAUAAGGCAAACCCCUCAAUACUCAAGGUUUUUGUUCAACUCCUCAAUGAUGGUAUGUUGGUUGAUGGCAAAGGACGAGAUGUAGAUUUCAAGAAUACAAUCAUUAUUAUGAGCUCAAAUCUAGGAUCAGAGCACCUAUCAGCUGAAGUGGCGAUGGAAAAUGCACGUGAUCUUCUCAUGAAAGAGAUUGAGAAAUGCUUCAAGCCUGAUCUUAUCAACAGAUUAAGCGAGAUUGCGAUAUUUGAGCCGCUUUCACACAACAAAUUGAGGGAAAUUGUGAACAUUCAAAUGAAGAGUAUUGUUGCCAUGAUGGCAAAUAAAUGUGUUUCUCUAUCUGUGACAGAUGCCACCAUGGAAGUCAUUUUGUCGGAAUCACACGAUAUGGUGCACGGUGCGAGGAAUAUAAAGAUGUGGGUACGAAAGCAUGUGAUGAUAAUUCUUUCAAAUAUGUUAGUUAAUAGAGAAGCAUGUAAAGGCUCAACGAUCUCCAUAGAUGCCAGUGACGAUAAGAGAGGGUUGAAGUACCAAGUAUUGUAG